AUGUCGAACAAAUUGGAUACCAUCCCCUUCGACCCACGUUUCCCCAACACCAACCAAUCCAGACACUGCUACCAGAGCUACGUGGAUUUCCACAGGUGCCAGAGGAUCAGGGGCACAAACUACGCUCCAUGCGAAUAUUUCAAGAAAGUGUUCAACUCGGUUUGCCCUAAUUCUUGGGUGGAAAAGUGGGACGAGCAAAGGGAAGACGCCCAUUUCCCUGGAAACAUUUAA